CUCCUGUGCGUGGGCUUCCUCAGCUGGGAGCUUCCAGGUGCCAGAUAAUCAGUUCCUCCUGCUGGAGCCAGACCGGGGAACCCUCUGUCUGUCUGUCUCUCCCUCCCACUCCCUCCUUGGUGCUGCAGAGCCAGGGCUCUGGCCAUCCCUUUUCUGGCAGGUGCGCUGUCUGGCCUGAAGUGGGCACCUGCUGGCCUGGCUGUUCCUGCCCACUGACAUCGGAGUAUGGGGACGGUCAGCGAGCUUUGUGCCUCGAGUUUCCAAGCCUUCCUGUGCCCCUCUGCAAUCACCAAGGCAGUCCCCAGUGACCUGACCCCAGAGGAGUGCCAGGAGCUGGAGAACAUCCGUCGCCGCAAGCAGGAGCUACUGGCUGACAUACAGCGACUGAGAGAUGAGAUAGCAGAAGUGACCAAUGAGAUUGAGAACCUGGGAUCCACGGAAGAAAGGAAAACCAUGCAGAGGAACAAGCAGGUGGCAAUGGGCAGGAAGAAGUUCAACAUGGACCCCAAAAAGGGGAUCCAGUUCCUGAUUGAGAACCACCUGCUGAGGAACACCUGUGAGGACAUGGCCCAGUUCCUCUACAAGGGGGAGGGGCUCAACAAGACAGCCAUUGGUGACUACCUGGGCGAGAGAGACGAGUUUAACAUCCAGGUCCUGCACGCCUUCGUGGAGCUGCACGAAUUCACUGACCUCAACCUGGUGCAAGCACUGCGGCAGUUCCUGUGGAGUUUCCGCCUGCCGGGUGAGGCGCAGAAGAUCGAUCGGAUGAUGGAGGCGUUUGCCCAGCGGUACUGUCAAUGCAAUCCCGGCGUCUUUCAGUCCACAGACACCUGCUACGUCCUCUCCUUCGCCAUCAUCAUGCUGAACACCAGCCUGCACAACCCCAACGUCAAGGACAAGCCCACGGUGGAGCGUUUCAUUGCCAUGAACCGCGGCAUCAACGACGGGGGCGACCUGCCGGAGGAGCUGCUCAGGAAUCUCUAUGAGAGUAUAAAGAACGAGCCCUUCAAAAUCCCUGAGGACGACGGCAAUGACCUCACCCACACCUUCUUCAACCCUGACCGCGAGGGCUGGCUGCUGAAACUCGGGGGCAGGGUGAAGACGUGGAAGAGACGCUGGUUCAUUCUGACCGACAAUUGCCUUUACUACUUCGAGUACACAACGGAUAAGGAGCCUCGUGGCAUCAUCCCCUUGGAGAACCUGAGCAUCCGCGAGGUGGAGGACUCCAAAAAGCCUAACUGCUUUGAGCUUUACAUCCCGGACAACAAAGACCAAGUGAUCAAGGCCUGUAAGACAGAGGCAGAUGGGCGGGUGGUGGAGGGGAACCACACAGUGUAUCGCAUCUCGGCCCCCACGCCCGAGGAGAAGGAAGAGUGGAUGAAGUGCAUCAAGGCAGCGAUCAGCAGGGACCCCUUUUAUGAGAUGCUGGCGGCGAGGAAGAAGAAAGUGUCCUCCUUGAAGAGACAUUAGCAGCCUGGGCCAGCCAAGUGAGGUCGGCAUUCCCAGGCAGCGAGAGGCUCCCCUCCCCUGGAGAUGGAGAGAGCAGGUUGCCAGGCAAGGGCCUCUCCUGCAGCCCAGCACAGCCUGAGUUUCCAAGGACUAGCUUCAGCUUUUGCAAUUUCUUUACCAUUGGGGGGUGGGCAGGAGUUUGGGGGGGACUGGGAGGGUCCUAGGGCCACAGUGAAGACCUGCAGCUACGGUCGUCGUCAGCAAAGCAGCCUCCUUGCGAGAUAGCAGGAGUUUGGGGCUGGCAUCUCCCUUCUGGGCUCCCUUCCCAGGAAGCCAUCUUCAGGCCCUAGCCCAGGUCCGGAUGGCCUGGGGGGAGUGAGACACGUCACCUGCAAGGAGCUCAAGGAGGAUUUGUCAGCGAUGCGUCUGCCCCAGCUGGAGCCCUGAGGCCAGCAGCCAGGGGCUGGGGCAGGAAGUGUCGGGCGUGAUCUCUGCGGGGGAUCGAUGUAUAUGGGGGCAAAGGCACCUGUACACACCUGUGGGGAGGGGCAGGGUGGAUGUGGUGGGAGC